UCGGAAGCGGUCGUCAGAGCUGGUCUUUAUGCUUCGUGUGUCGAGGCAGGUUGACCAGUGGUCUGUUGUGAGUGAUCAGUUUUCAAGACUACCACGUGGGAAGUGUUUAUUUUGUUGACGAGUGAUAAGUCGUUCUGUGUUAUAUAGUAUGGCUGAUUAUUUGAUUUGCGGGGGAACUGGUUAUGUUCCGGAGGACGGUUUGACAGGUGCUCAGCUCUUUGGUAACGGAGAUGGUCUCACGUAUAACGACUUCAUUAUACUGCCAGGGUUUAUUGACUUCACGGCGGAUGAGGUCGACUUAACAUCGGCGCUAACAAAGAAAAUUACGCUUAAAGCUCCGCUUGUUUCUUCACCGAUGGAUACAGUCACGGAAUCUGAUAUGGCAAUUGCCAUGGCGCUUUGUGGAGGUAUUGGUAUAAUACAUCACAAUUGUACGGCAGAGUAUCAGUCGAACGAAGUUCACAAAGUAAAAAAAUACAAGCAAGGUUUUAUUCGUGAUCCUGUUGUGCUAAGCCGUGACCAUACUGUUGCAGAUGUAAUUAGAGUAAAAAAAGAACACGGUUUUUGUGGUAUUCCUAUUACAGAAAAUGGAAAGCUUGGCGGAAAACUAGCAGGUAUCGUUACAUCUAGAGACAUAGAUUUUCUGAAAGAGUCGCAAAAUAGUUCCUUGAAACUCGACAGCGUUAUGACAAAGUUAGAAGACUUAAUUACAGCCUCGGCAGGAGUCACCUUAGAAGAAGCAAACAAUAUUCUGGAAAAAUCGAAGAAGGGAAAGCUGCCUAUCAUUAAUGAAAAUGGGGAGUUAGUGGCUCUAAUAGCUCGCACAGAUUUAAAAAAGUCAAGAAAUUAUCCAAAUGCUUCUAAAGAUGAAAACAAACAGUUGCUUGUAGGUGCUGCUAUUGGUACAAGAGAAGAAGACAAAGCUAGACUAGAGCAGCUUGCUCAGGCAGGUGUGGAUGUGGUUUUGAUUGAUUCCUCCCAAGGCAACUCAGUGUAUCAGAGAGAUAUGAUAUUGUACAUUAAGAAGGCUUAUCCAGGCUUACAAGUUAUUGGUGGUAAUGUAGUGACUGCAGCACAAGCAAAGAAUCUCAUAGAUGCUGGUGUUGAUGCACUGAGAGUUGGAAUGGGUAGUGGCUCUAUAUGCAUAACACAAGAAGUCAUGGCUGUUGGUCGGCCACAGGGCACAGCAGUGUACAAAGUUGCAGAAUAUGCAAGACGUUUCAGUGUUCCAGUUAUAGCAGAUGGUGGUAUUCAGUCUGUUGGUCACAUCACAAAGGCACUCUCACUUGGUGCAUCCACAGUGAUGAUGGGAUCCUUGUUGGCUGGCACUUCAGAGGCUCCUGGAGAGUAUUUCUUCUCAGAUGGUGUUAGACUUAAAAAGUAUAGAGGUAUGGGCAGUUUAGAGGCCAUGAACAGGAAAGAUGCAAAGGGUGCUGCUAUGGACCGCUAUUUUCACAGUGAGACGGACAAACUGAAAGUGGCGCAGGGUGUGAGUGGUUCUAUUGUAGACAAAGGUUCUGUGCUUCGCUUUCUGCCUUACCUGCAGAGUGGACUCCGUCAUGGGUGCCAGGACAUAGGGGCCAGAAGUCUCUCAGCAUUACGUUCAAUGAUGUAUUCUGGUGAAUUGAAGUUUGAGAGGCGGACACAAUCUGCACAGGUUGAAGGAAAUGUUCAUGGCUUAUUCUCCUAUGAGAAAAGGUUGUUCUGAUAUUUUAGACCUUAUAAAAUCUUGUAUCACGUAGAGGUGUGUUUUGAGGUAUCGUGGAGGUUGUCGGUAAUAGUGUUUGUUGUAUGACAGAAGAAUUUGAUACAGGCAAUUUUUGAAAUUGUCUGAACUCUAAUUUCAACAGAAAUGAGAGAUGACCUGCUAGUUCUGUUGGUAACUGGUUUUUAAAGUGUAAGACUGACUAUGAAAAAUCUUCAGAUUAUUGUGGAGUAAGACUCGGACAGUUGUGGUAGUUUUGUCAACAAAUAUUGUGUGUGUGUGUGUGUGUGUGUGUGUGUGUGUGUGUGUGUGUGUGUGUGUGUGUGUGUGUCCUUUAUGCAUGUGUAGAUGUUCAGCUAGAUUCAUUAUAUUUACAUUUGAAUGUAGAAAAAUUUUAAUGGGCUUUGGUUUUAAAUUACUACUUAUAUUCCAAGUAUUAUUGUCUGUUGACUGUUGUAGUAUUGUGUAGACUUUAAUGCAUGUCGUAUUUGAUUUGUCUUAUGUAAACAAAUUUGAAAUCUUCAGGCUGUUUUUACUGUAAUUUACUUUCCUUUACUGUGAGAACAUAAUACCCUUUUC